AUGAUCUACGAAGAUGACGAUGCUCAAUCGUUCAUUGAUGAAGCAUCUAUUAGAGCAUUGAAGAUCUCAAAACUUGUGAUGCUUUGGACGAGUUUUGCUAUAAACUUUGCAACGAUUGUAGUUCCUGCGUUUUUUCAAAUCCUACCAAUUCCAAUGUGGACACCGGAAUGGGCAAACUCAACAGUUAUCUUUGGCAUUUAUUGGAUUAUCGAAUGGUUAACUUUCAAUUAUUGUGCUCAAAUAAUUGAUAUAUUUUUCUUUAGCUUUACAAUCGUUGCUAUUAUUAACGGAUAUGGCCAGUUCUUGAAUGCUCGAUUAAGCAUGCUUGUGUCAACAGAAGAUCAUGAUGGAUAUCAAGACUUGGUCAAAUGCAUUCUUGCUCAUAAGAAAUUCAAGAAAAUGGUUGAUGACUUCAAAGAAAUUUGCGGAAGGAACAUUGGAGUGUUUUACAAAUCGGUAGUUAUCAUAAUCGGUGCCUGCAUUUUUGUCAUUACAAAGGGAGAGGAUCAGCUUACAUUUCGAGAAAAUCUUAUUUUCUAUUUCUACAUUGCUGCCUUGUUAAUGUAUAUGUUCAUCAUGUCAUAUUUUGGGGACAUGAUUUACUCAACAUCAUCACAAUUCUUGUAUGAUCUGUUCUCGAGUGACUGGGUCGAUGCUGACAUGAAGUACAAGAAAGCAAUGAUAAUUGUCAUGGAAAAUAUGAAGAAACCAGUCAAGUUGAGCGUUCUUUUCUAUGACUCGAUCAACUUGCAGUUGUUUCAGGAUAAAUUAAUAGUUUUUGUUUCGGUAUCGUUAGCUGAGCUUAAUCUCAUGCUAGCAUUGACUCCAUAUUAUGGCAAAAAAGCCAACAUUUCGGUCAUGCAUGGUGGCAAAAAUACAAUUGAAUGGAUCAUAAGACCAACUGUUAAGCAAGAGAAAAAUAUCAAACAACUUUCGUGCGUUACCGUCAAAAAAAUAUUUAUACAGCAGAAGUAA